AUGGCGGGUGGAAUCAGGAAAAAGACCUCUUUGAGAGACAAGAGCUCCAGAAAGUCUGGUUUAGCCAGCAAGAUUUCUGAAUUCAAACAGCAAUCCACCAUAGAAAACGGCCAAGACGAACACUUCCAUGAAAACCCGCUCUUGAAAUUGCUGAAAAUCAGCAAGAAAGAGAAGCAGCAACAGAAAACAGAUACCUUCAAUCAGAAGUUGUUGCACAAAGUCACAUUCAACACCUCCAGUAAUAUCAGUAAAUCUGCUGUGAGAAGGCGGAAGAGAAAAGAAAAGGAACAAUUGAAGCCCAAGAUGGACGAGUUGUUGACAUCUUUGCCAGACGACAUGUUUGCCCCCACUGCUGCUAGCACCACAACAAUAAGGAGAGCUACCAAGACUGGGGAGGCUACUUCAGGUUACGUCAAGUCUACGAAGGCUAAUUUGAACUUGCCGAAUGCCAAUAAGGCUACGGGCCAUAAGCAGAUUCUCAAGCAGGAGAAUAAGAACUUCACAAACGUGUUGAAGAACCCUGAGUUCAGACAGUCGCCAUUCAGCGCGUUGAAGAAUGCCAUCAAAGAGAACUUACAGGGAUGA